AUGGCUCAAAACAUAAAUCCACAUUAUGCAUCGUCAUCUAAUCCUUCCAAACAAAACGAGGACACGAUAAAAUUGAAGGACAAUCACGCUGUAAGCAAACGAUUGCAAAAGGAACUCAUGGAGUUGAUGAGGUGUGCUGACAAAGGAAUAUCUGCAUUUCCCGAAAGUGAAAACUUGUUCAAAUGGAUUGGUACAAUUAACGGACCCUUAGAUACCGUUUACGCUGGUCAUAAGUAUAAAUUGGCACUCGAAUUUCCCAAUUCAUACCCGUACGCCCCGCCGUUAGUUAAAUUCAUCACGCCUUGCUUUCACCCUAAUGUUGACACUUGUGGAUUAAUAUGUUUAGAUAUUUUAAAGGACAAAUGGACAGCUUUGUAUGACGUCCGCACGGUUUUACUCUCAAUACAAAGUUUGUUAGCAGAACCAAACACUCAGAGUCCAUUGAACCAGCAGGCAUCGUGUUUAUGGGCAAACCAGGGAGAAUAUAAGAAAUAUUUAGAUGAAUUUUACAACAAACAUAAAGACUUAUAG